UGGAGCAGCUCUGCCGCGGGGACUGCACUGUCCGCCCUGCCAGACCCGCCCCGACUGGGGCUCGCCGUCACCAGCAGUCACAGCACUGCGACCUCGGGCCCUACGUCGGCUAUGGCUGCGUCCUGGGACUAAGUCCGCAGGUUGUGUGACUGAGUUUCCCAAAGAGAGAGAGACUGAUAAAAGAAGAGAAGAAGGAGGGGCGGGCUCCUGGCAAGGCGUUCGCUCCUGAACAGAGUCCUGCAAAGAUGGAGAAGGAGGAGGAGACAACUCGGGAGCUGCUGCUGCCUAACUGGCAGGGCAGCGGCUCCCACGGACUGACCAUUGCCCAGAGGGAUGAUGGAGUCUUUGUUCAGGAAGUGAUGCAGAACUCCCCUGCGGCCCGCACUGGGGUGGUCAAAGAGGGGGACCAGAUUGUGGGUGCCACCAUCUACUUUGACAACCUGCAGUCUGGUGAGGUGACCCAGCUGCUGAACACCAUGGGGCACCACACUGUUGGCUUGAAGUUGCACCGUAAGGGGGACCGUUCCCCUGAGCCUGGACAGACCUGGACUCAUGAAGUCUUCAGCUCCCGUAGCUCCGAGGUGGUGCUGAGCGGGGAUGAUGAAGACUACCAGCGCAUCUACACCACAAAGAUCAAGCCACGACUGAAGUCGGAGGAUGGUGUAGAAGGGGACCUUGGGGAGACCCAGAGCCGUACCAUCACGGUGACUAAAAGGGUCACAGCCUACACUGUGGAUGUGACCGGUCGGGAAGGAGUGAAGGACAUCGACAUCAGCAGCCCUGAGUUCAUGAUCAAGAUACCAAAGCACGAAGUGACUGAAAUCGCCAACAAAGAUGUAGAAAUCCAGUCUGGGAAGACGGUGAUCAGACUGCCCUCAGGAUCGGGGGCAGUUUCUCCAACCCCUGGCUCUGCCAUGGAUAUCCGGGCAGGGGCCAUUUCUGCUUCAGGACCAGAGCUCGAAGGUGCUGGCCAAUCAAAAUUCCAGGUCACCGUACCUGGGAUAAAGGUGGGAAGCCCCGGCGUCAAUGUCAGUGCAAAAGGCUUGGACUUGGGUGGCAAAGGAGGGAUCCAAGUUCCAGGGGUGGACAUUUCGUCUUCUCUUGGGACUGGCUCAGUAGAGGUACAGGGUCCUUCCCUCCAGAGUGGUGAUAUUGGGAAAAUUAAAAUUCCAACCAUGAAGAUGCCAAAAUUUGGUGUCUCAGCAGGCCCGGAGGGUCAGAUACCAGAGGCAGGGCUGAGUGUUUCCGCACCUGAGUUCUCUGUGGGGCAUAAAAGUGACAAGCCAGGUUUGGCCAUUGGUGGGAGCAUUCAGGCCCCUCACUUGGAAGUCAGUGCCCCUUCUGUCAAUAUUGAGGGCCUUGGGGGGAAGCUGAAGGGUCCCCAAAUCAGUGGGCCAUCACUCGAAAGUGACUUAGGUCUGAAAGGUACCAAGCUGCAGGGGAACAUAGGAAUGGAUGCCUCUGCUUCCAAAAUUGAGGGCAGCAUCACUGGUCCCAGUGUGGAAGUUGGAACCCCUGAUGUCGACAUUCAUGGGCUAGGAGGCAAACUGAAUUUGCCCAAGAUGAAAGUCCCUAAAUUCUCUGCAUCAGGUUCCAAGGGAGAGGGAGUUGGCGUUGAUGUUACAGUGCCCACAGGUGAAGUGACCCUUCCUGGGGUCUCUGGGGAUGUUAGUCAGCCUGAGAUUGCUAUUGGUGGGCUAGAAGGGAAGAUAAAGGGUACUAAAGUCAAGACACCUGAAAUGAUUGUCCAGAAACCUAAAAUCUCCAUGCAGGAUGUGGAUCUGAGCCUUGGCUCUUGUAAACUGAAAGGCGAUAUGAAGGUGUCUGCUCCUGAGGUCAAAGGUGAUGUUAAAGGCCCUCAUGUGGGAGUUAAAGGCCCCAAAGUGGACAUAGAGACACCAAACUUAGAGGGGACCUUGACAGGUCCCAAGCUCAGCAGUCCAUCUGGAAAAAUAGGGGCCUGUAGGAUAUCUAUGGCAGAUGUAGACCUAAAUGUCGCUGCGCCUAAAGGGAAAGGGGGUGUAGAUGUUGUGCUACCCAAAGUAGAAGGGAAAAUCAAAGUCCCUGAACUUGAUGUCCAAGGCCCCAAAAUGGAUAUUAGUGCCCCAGAUGUGGAAGUGCAUGGCCCAGAAUGGAACUUGAAAACGCCCAAGAUGAAGAUGCCCAAGUUCAGUGUCCCAGGGGUCAAAGGAGAAGGCCCAGAUGUAGAUGUGGCUCUACCGAAAGGAGACAUCAGUAUUUCAGGGCCUAAGGUCAACAUAGAAGCCCCAAGUGCCAACAUGGAGAGUCUGGGGGGCAAACUUAAAGGUCCUGAUAUUGAUCUUCCUGAAGUGAGUGUCAAGACUCCAAAGGUUUCCAUACCUGAUGUAGAUCUGCACAUCAAAGGCGCAAAGGUGAAGGGAGAGUGUGAUGUCACAACACCAAAGCUUGAGGGUGACCUGAAAGGCCUCCAAGUGGGUGCUGAUGCCCCAGAAGUGAAUGUUCAUGGCCCAGACCUGAAGAUACCCAAGAUGAAGAUGCCCAAAUUCAGUGUGCCAGGGUUCAAAGCAGAGGGCCCAGAAGUGGAUGUGAAUCUGCCCAAGGCAGAUAUGGACAUUUCUGGGCCUAAGGUGGAGGUCAGUGCUCCAGAUGUGAGCAUUGAGGGACCAGAAGGGAAACUGAAAGGACCUAAGUUUAAAAUGCCUGAAAUGAAUAUCAGAGCUCCAAAGAUCUCCAUGCCAGAUGUGGACUUACACUUAAAAGGCCCCAGUGUAAAGGGAGAAUAUGAUGUCACCGUGCCAAGGCCUGAAGGUGAGAUUAAAGUUCCUGAUGUUGAACUUAAAAGUGCCAAACUGGACAUUGAUGCCCCGAAUAUGGAUGUUCAAGGUCCCGAAUGGCACAUGAAGAUGCCAAAGAUAAAAAUGCCCAAGUUUGGUAUGCCAGGCUUCAAGGCAGAGAGUCCAGAUGUGGAGGUGAAUCUCCCUAAGGCCAACAUUGAUGUCUCAGGACCCAAGGUAGAUGUCAAAGCACCAGAUGUGAACAUUGAAGGACCUGAAGGAAAACUGAAGGGUCCUAAGCUGAAGACGCCUGAGAUGAAUAUAAAGGCCCCAAAGAUCUCCAUGCCUGAUGUAGAUUUGCAUAUGAAAGGCCCCAAGGUAAAAGGAGAGUAUGAUGUCACAAUGCCAAAGAUUGAAGGAGACUUGAAAGGCCCCAAAGUAGAUGUCAGUGCUCCAGAUGUUGACAUUCAGAGUCCUGAUUGGAACUUGAAAAUGCCAAAGAUUAAAAUGCCCAAAUUUAGCAUGCCUAGUCUCAAAGGAGAAGGCCCAGAGUUGGAUGUGAACAUGCCCAAGGCUGAUAUGGACAUUUCUGUACCAAAACUAGAUAUUAGUGCUCCAGAUUUGAACCUUGAAGGACCGGAAGGGAAGUUGAAAGGCCCCAAGUUUAAGAUGCCUGAGAUGCAUUUCAAGGCUCCAAAGGUGUCUCUACCAGAUGUGGACCUGGACCUCAAAGGACCCAAAAUGAAAGGAAAUCUAGACAUGACAGCACCAAAAAUAGAGGGAGAGAUGAAAGUACCAGAUGUGGACAUCAAAGGUCCGAAGGUAGAUAUUAAAUCACCAGAUGGGGAAGGUCAGGGCCCAGACUGGAGCCUGAAAAUGCCAAAGAUGAAAAUGCCUAAGUUCAGUAUGCCUACUCUCAAAGGUGAGGGUCCAGAUGUGGAUGUGAACCUGCCUAAGGCUGACAUUGAUGUCUCAGUACCCAAGGUUGACAUUGAAGGCCCUGAUGUGAGCAUUGAAGGACCAGAAGGAAAGUUGAAAGGUCCUAAGUUCAAGAUGCCUGAGAUGAACAUCAAGGCCCCCAAGAUUUCCAUGCCUGAUGUGGACUUAAACUUGAAAGGCCCCAAAGUCAAGGGGGAUGUGGAUGUGACAGUGCCCAAGCUAGAAGGUGAAAUGAAAGUGCCAGAUGUGGACAUCAAAGGCCCCAAAGUGGACAUUGAUGCUCCAGAUGUGGAUGUUCAUGGUCCAGACUGGCACCUGAAGAUGCCCAAGAUGAAAAUGCCCAAGUUCAGCAUGCCUGGCUUCAAAGCAGAAGGCCCAGAAGUGGAUGUGAACCUGCCAAAGGCUGACAUUGAUAUCUCAGGACCCAAGGUGGAUGUUGAAGUUCCUGAUGUGAGCAUUGAAGGGCCAGAAGGAAAGCUGAAAGGCCCCAAGUUUAAGAUGCCUGACAUGCACUUCAAGGCUCCUAAGAUCUCCAUGCCUGAUGUGGACUUGAAUAUUAAGGGGCCCAAAGGAAAAGCAGAUGUGGAUGUAUCAUUGCCUGAUGUAGAAGGUGAAAUAAAAGUUCCAGAUGUGGAUGUUAAAGGGCCCAAAGUUGGCAUUGAUGCUCCAGACGUUGAAGUUCAUGGCCCAGACUGGCACCUUAAGAUGCCUAAAAUGAAAAUGCCCAAGUUCAGUAUGCCUGGUUUCAAAGGAGAAGGCCCAGAAGUUGACAUCCCUAAGGCCAACAUCGAUGUCUCAGGACCCAAGGUAGACAUUAAUGUUCCAGAUGUAAAUAUUGAAGGUCCAGAUACAAAACUAAAAGGGCCAAAAUUUAAGAUGCCAGAAAUGAAUAUAAAGCCUCAGAAGAUAUCCAUGCCAGAUGUUAGCUUGAAUUUGAAAGGCCCUAAAGUGAAAGGAGACUAUGAUGUUCCAAAAGUGGGAGGAGAAAUGAAAGCUCCUGCUGUUGAUAUUAAAGGCCCCCAAGUAGAUGUACCAGAUGUGGAUGUUCACGGCCCAGACUGGCACCUGAAGAUGCCCAAGGUGAAAAUGCCCAAGUUCAGCAUGCCUGGCUUCAAAGGAGAGGGCCCUGAAGUGGAUGUAAAUCUUCAAAAGGCCAACAUUGAUGUCUCAGGACCCAAAGUGAACAUUGAUGUUCCAGAUGUGAAUAUUGAAGCUCCAGAAGGGAAACUAAAGGGCCCCAAGUUCAAGAUGCCGAGCAUGAAUAUACAGACACACAAAAUCUCUAUGCCUGAUGUUGGUCUUAAUCUGAAAGGACCUAAACUGAAAAGUGAUGCAGAUGUUUCUCUUCCAAAAGUGGAAGGAAAUUUGAAAGGUCCUGAAGUUGAUGUUAAAGUCCCUAAGGUGGAUGUGGAUGUUGGUGAUAUUGAUAUUGAAUGUCCAGAAGGGAAGUUGAAGGGUCCCAAGUUUAAGAUGCCUGACAUGCACUUCAAGACUCCUAAGAUCUCCAUGCCUGAUGUGGACUUAAACUUGAAAGGCCCCAAAGUCAAGGGGGAUGUGGAUGUGGCAGUGCCCAAGCUAGAAGGUGAAAUGAAAGUGCCAGAUGUGGACAUCAAAGGACCCAAAGUGGACAUCAGUGCUCCAGAUGUGGAUGUUCAUGGGCCAGAUUGGCACCUGAAGAUGCCCAAGGUGAAAAUGCCCAAGUUUAGCAUGCCUGGCUUCAAAGCAGAAGGCCCUGAAAUGGAUGUAGACCUACCCAAGGCUGACAUUGAUGUCUCAGGGCCAAAGAUGGACAUUGAUGUUCCAGAUGUGAAUAUAGAAGGUCCUGAUGCAAAACUGAAAGGCUCCAAAUUUAAGAUGCCCAAGUUCAAUAUUAAGGCUCCCAAGAUCUCCAUGCCAGAUGUGGACUUGAAUUUGAAGGGGCCCAAACUGAAAGGAGAGAUAGAUGCUUCUGUGCCAGAAAUGGAAGCUGAUCUCAGAGGUCCUAAAGUUGAUAUCAAAGGCCCCAGCGUAGAUGUGGAAGUGCCUGAUGUUGACCUGGAAUGUCCUGAGGCAAAGUUGAAGGGCCCCAAGUUUAAGAUGCCUGACAUGCACUUCAAGACCCCUAAGAUCUCCAUGCCUGAUGUGGACUUACAUUUGAAAGGCCCCAAAGUCAAAGGGGAUCUCGACGUGACAGUGCCCAAGCUAGAAGGAGAAUUAAAAGGUCCCAGUGUGGAUGUGGAAGUACCUGAUGUUGACCUGGAAUGUCCUGAUGCAAAGUUGAAGGGUCCCAAGUUUAAGAUGCCUGACAUGCACUUCAAGGCCCCUAAGAUCUCCAUGCCUGAUGUGGACUUAAACUUGAAAGGCCCCAAAGUCAAGGGGGAUGUGGAUGUGACAGUGCCCAAGCUAGAAGGUGAAAUGAAAGUGCCAGAUGUGGACAUCAAAGGACCCAAAGUGGACAUCAGUGCUCCAGAUGUGGAUGUUCAUGGGCCAGAUUGGCACCUGAAGAUGCCCAAGAUGAAAAUGCCCAAGUUUAGCAUGCCUGGCUUCAAAGCAGAAGGCCCUGAAAUGGAUGUAGACCUACCCAAGGCUGACAUUGAUAUCUCAGGACCCAAGGUGGAUGUUGAAGUUCCUGAUGUGAGCAUUGAAGGGCCAGAAGGAAAGCUGAAAGGCCCCAAGUUUAAGAUGCCUGACAUGCACUUCAAGGCUCCCAAGAUCUCCAUGCCUGAUGUGGACCUGCACUUGAAAGGCCCUAAGGUCAAAGGGGAUAUGGAUGUGACUGUUCCAAAACUGGAAGGAGAUUUGAAAGGCCCCAAUGUGAAUGUAGAAGUACCUGAUGUUGACCUGGAAUGUCCUGAGGCAAAGUUGAAGGGCCCCAAGUUUAAGAUGCCUGACAUGCACUUCAAGACCCCUAAGAUCUCCAUGCCUGAUGUGGACUUACAUUUGAAAGGCCCCAAAGUCAAAGGGGAUCUCAAUGUGACAGUGCCAAAACUAGAAGGAGAAUUAAAAGGUCCCAGCGUGGAUGUGGAAGCACCUGAUGUUGACCUGGAAUGUCCUGAGGCAAAGUUGAAGGGUCCCAAGUUUAAGAUGCCUGACAUGCACUUCAAGACUCCUAAGAUCUCCAUGCCUGAUGUGGACUUAAACUUGAAAGGCCCCAAAGUCAAGGGGGAUGUGGACGUGUCCCUGCCCAAAGUGGAAGGUGAAAUGAAAGUGCCAGAUGUGGACAUCAAAGGACCCAAAGUGGACAUCAGUGCUCCAGAUGUGGAUGUUCAUGGGCCAGAUUGGCACCUGAAGAUGCCCAAGAUGAAAAUGCCCAAGUUCAGCAUGCCUGGCUUCAAAGCAGAAGGCCCAGAAGUGGAUGUGAACCUGCCAAAGGCUGACAUUGAUAUCUCAGGACCCAAGGUGGACAUUGAAGGCCCUGAUGUGAGCAUUGAAGGGCCAGAAGGAAAGCUGAAAGGCCCCAAGUUUAAGAUGCCUGACAUGCACUUCAAGGCUCCUAAGAUCUCCAUGCCUGACGUUGAUUUCAACUUAAAGGGUUCUAAAAUCAAAGGAGAUAUUGAUGUUUCAGUCCCAAAACUUGAGGGAGACUUAAAGGGUCCAGAACUGGAAGUCAAGGGCCCCAAAUUGGAUGUCGACAUGCCAGAAGUAGCUGUGGAAGGCCCAGAAGGUAAAUGGAAAAGUCCUAAAUUCAAGAUGCCAGACAUGCACUUUAAAGCUCCCAAAAUCUCCAUGCCAGACAUUGAUCUUCACUUAAAGAGUCCAAAGAUAAAGGGUGAGGUUGAUGUAGAUGUUCCCAAAUUGGAAGGAGACCUCAAAGGGCCAAAUGUGGACCUAAGUGGACCAGACAUUGAGAUUGAAGGACCAGAAGGUAAACUGAAGGGUCCUAAGUUCAAGAUGCCAGAGAUGAACAUCAAGGCUCCCAAGAUCUCCAUGCCUGAUUUGCAUCUCAAGGGUCCCAAACUAAAGGGUGAUGUCGAUGUUUCCCUGCCCAAAGUAGAAGGUGACCUCAAGGGCCCUGAAGUUGACAUCAAAGGCCCCAAAAUGGACAUUAAUGCUCCAGAUGUUGAUGUUCAUGGUCCAGACUGGCACCUGAAGAUGCCCAAGAUGAAAAUGCCCAAGUUCAGCAUGCCUGGCUUCAAGGCAGAAGGCCCAGAAGUGGAUGUGAACCUGCCAAAGGCUGACAUUGAUGUCUCAGGACCCAAGGUGGACAUUGAAGGCCCUGAUGUGAGCAUUGAAGGACCAGAAGGAAAGUUGAAAGGUCCUAAGUUUAAGAUGCCUGAGAUGAACAUCAAAGCCCCCAAGAUCUCCAUGCCAGACAUUGAUCUUAACCUGAAAGGCCCCAAAGUGAAGGGUGAUGUGGACGUGUCCCUUCCCAAAGUGGAAGGUGAGAUUAAAGUUCCUGAAGUUGACAUCAAAGGCCCCAAAGUGGACAUUGAUGCCCCAGAUGUGGAUGUUCAUGGUCCAGACUGGCACCUGAAGAUGCCCAAAAUAAAAAUGCCCAAGUUCAGCAUGCCUGGCUUCAAGGGAGAGGGCCCUGAAGUAGAUGUGAGCUUGCCGAAGGCUGACAUUGAUGUCUCAGGACCCAAGGUGGACAUUGAUGUUCCAGAUGUGAAUAUUGAAGGUCCUGAUGCAAAACUGAAGGGUCCUAAGUUCAAGAUGCCAGAGAUGAACAUCAAGGCUCCCAAGAUCUCCAUGCCUGAUUUGCAUCUCAAGGGUCCCAAACUAAAGGGAGAUGUGGAUGUUUCCCUGCCCAACGUAGAAGGUGACCUCAAGGGCCCUGAAGUUGACAUCAAAGGCCCCAAAAUGGACAUUAAUGCUCCAGAUGUUGAUGUUCAUGGUCCAGACUGGCACCUGAAGAUGCCCAAGGUGAAAAUGCCCAAGUUCAGCAUGCCUGGCUUCAAAUCAGAAGGCCCAGAAGUGGAUAUAAACUUGCCAAAGGCUGACAUUGAUGUCUCAGGACCCAAGGUGGACAUUGAAGGCCCUGAUGUGAGCAUUGACGGACCAGAAGGAAAGUUGAAAGGUCCUAAGUUUAAGAUGCCUGAGAUGAACAUCAAAGCCCCCAAGAUCUCCAUGCCAGACAUUGAUCUUAACCUGAAAGGCCCCAAAGUGAAGGGUGAUGUGGACGUGUCCCUUCCCAAAGUGGAAGGUGAGAUUAAAGUUCCUGAAGUUGACAUCAAAGGCCCCAAAGUGGACAUUGAUGCUCCAGAUGUGGAUGUUCAUGGUCCAGACUGGCACCUGAAGAUGCCCAAAAUAAAAAUGCCCAAGUUCAGCAUGCCUGGAUUCAAGGGAGAAGGUCCUGAGGUAGAUGUGAGCCUGCCGAAGGCUGACAUUGAUGUCUCAGGACCCAAGGUGGACAUUGAUGUUCCAGAUGUGAAUAUAGAAGGUCCUGAUGCAAAACUGAAGGGUCCUAAGUUCAAGAUGCCAGAGGUGAACAUCAAAGCUCCUAAGAUCUCAAUGCCAGAUUUGGACCUUAACAUUAAAGGCCCCAAAGUGAAAGGAGAUGUGGAUGUUUCACUUCCAAGUUUUGAAGGUGAUUUGAAAGGGCCUUCUCUUGACAUAAAGGACCCAAAAUUAGAUCUAAAUGCUCCAGAUGUUGACAUUCAUGGUCCUGGGGGCAAAUUAAAAGGCCCCAAACUGAAAAUGCCUGACAUGCAUGUCAACAUGCCCAAGAUCUCUAUGCCUGAAAUUGACUUGAAUUUAAAGGGCUCAAAGCUUAAGGGAGAUGUUGAUAUCUCUGGACCCAAACUGGAGGGUGAAAUUAAAACUCCCAAGUUAGAUGUGAAGGGCCCAGAAGUGGACAUUUCUGCUCCCAAGGUUAAUAUUGAAGGGAAAUCAAAGAAAUCUCGUUUUAAGCUCCCUAAAUUUAAUUUUUCUGGAUCCAAAGUUCAGACACCUGACAUGGAUGUCAAAGUUAAAAAGCCAGAUGUUGAUGUAACAGCUCCAAAAGUUGACAUUAAUGCUCCAGAAGUUGAAGUACAAGGCAAAGUGAAAGGAUCCAAAUUUAAAAUGCCUUUCCUGAGUAUUUCAUCUCCCAAAGUUUCUAUGCCUGAUGUGGAGCUAAAUUUGAAAGGUCCUAAGGUCAAAGGAGACUUAGAUGUAGCAGGCCCAAAUUUAGAAGGAGACUUUAAAAGCCCUAAAGUGGACAUUAAAGCACCAGAGGUUCAUAUUAAUGCACCUGAUGUGGACGUUCAUGGUCCAGAAUGGAAUCUGAAGAUGCCCAAGAUGAAAAUGCCCAAGUUCAGUGUGUCUGGCAUAAAAGCAGAAGGACCUGAUGUGGCUAUGGAUUUACCAAAAGGAGACAUCAAUCUAGAAGGUCCCAGUAUGAAUAUCGAGGGCCCAGAACUCAAUGUAGAGUGUCCAGAGGGAAGCUUAAAAGGCCCCAAAUUUAAGAUGCCUGAGAUGAACAUCAAAGCCCCCAAGAUCUCUAUGCCUGACAUUGACUUAAACCUGAAAGGUCCCAAGGUAAAAGGUGAUGUAGAUGUAUCUCUUCCCAAACUUGAAGGAGAUCUUAAAGGGCCAAAAGUUGACAUCAAAGGCCCCAAAGUGGACAUUGAUGCUCCAGAUGUGGAUGUUCAUGGACCAGAUUUGCACCUGAAGAUGCCCAAAGUGAAAAUGCCCAAGUUCAGCAUGCCUGGAUUCAAGGGAGAGGGCCCUGAAGUGGAUGUUAAUUUGCCCAAAGCUGACAUUGAUGUCUCAGGACCCAAGGUGGACAUUGAUGUUCCAGAUGUGAAUAUUGAAGGUCCUGAUGCAAAACUGAAGGGUCCUAAGUUCAAGAUGCCAGAUUUGAACAUCAAGGCUCCCAAGAUCUCCAUGCCUGACAUUGAUCUGAAUCUUAAAGGCCCCAAAUUGAAGGGUGAUGUGGAUGUGUCCUUGCCCAAAGUAGAAGGUGACCUCAAGUGUCCAGAGGUGGAUAUUACUGGCCCUAAAGUGAACAUUGACAUUCCUGAAGUUAGCAUUGAAGGUCCAGAGGGCAAACUGAAAGGCCCCAAGUUUAAGAUGCCCGAGAUGAACAUCAAAGCCCCCAAGAUCUCCAUGCCAGACAUUGAUCUUAACCUGAAAGGCCCUAAAGUGAAGGGUGAUGUGGACGUGUCCCUUCCCAAAGUGGAAGGUGAGAUUAAAGUUCCUGAAGUUGACAUCAAAGGCCCCAAAGUGGACAUUGAUGCCCCAGAUGUGGAUGUUCAUGGUCCAGACUGGCACCUGAAGAUGCCCAAGAUGAAAAUGCCCAAGUUCAGCAUGCCUGGAUUCAAGGGAGAAGGUCCUGAGGUAGAUGUGAGCCUGCCGAAGGCUGACAUUGAUGUCUCAGGACCCAAGGUAGACAUUGAUGUUCCAGAUGUGAAUAUUGAAGGUCCUGAUGCAAAACUGAGGGGUCCUAAGUUCAAGAUGCCAGAGAUGAACAUCAAGGCUCCCAAGAUCUCCAUGCCUGAUUUGCAUCUCAAGGGUCCCAAACUAAAGGGAGAUGUGGAUGUUUCCCUGCCCAACGUAGAAGGUGACCUCAAGGGCCCUGAAGUUGACAUCAAAGGCCCCAAAAUGGACAUUAAUGCUCCAGAUGUUGAUGUUCAUGGUCCAGACUGGCACCUGAAGAUGCCCAAGGUGAAAAUGCCCAAGUUCAGCAUGCCUGGCUUCAAGGCAGAAGGCCCAGAAGUGGAUGUGAACUUGCCGAAGGCUGACAUUGAUGUCUCAGGACCCAAGGUGGACAUUGAAGGCCCUGAUGUGAGCAUUGAAGGACCAGAAGGAAAGUUGAAAGGUCCUAAGUUUAAGAUGCCUGAGAUGAACAUCAAAGCCCCCAAGAUCUCCAUGCCAGACAUUGAUCUUAACCUGAAAGGCCCUAAAGUGAAGGGUGAUGUGGACGUGUCCCUUCCCAAAGUGGAAGGUGAGAUUAAAGUUCCUGAAGUUGACAUCAAAGGCCCCAACGUGGACAUCAAUGCUCCAGAUGUAGAUGUUCGUGGUCCAGACUGGCACCUGAAGAUGCCCAAAAUAAAAAUGCCCAAGUUCAGCAUGCCUGGCUUCAAGGGAGAGGGUCCUGAAGUAGAUGUGAACCUGCCAAAAUCUGACAUUGAUGUCUCAGGACCCAAGGUGGACAUUGAUGUUCCAGAUGUGAAUAUUGAAGGUCCUGAUGCAAAACUGAAGGGUCCUAAGUUCAAGAUGCCAGAGAUGAACAUCAAGGCUCCCAAGAUCUCCAUGCCUGAUUUGCAUCUCAAGGGUCCCAAACUAAAGGGAGAUGUGGAUGUUUCCCUGCCCAACGUAGAAGGUGACCUCAAGGGCCCUGAAGUUGACAUCAAAGGCCCCAAAAUGGACAUUAAUGCUCCAGAUGUUGAUGUUCAUGGUCCAGACUGGCACCUGAAGAUGCCCAAGGUGAAAAUGCCCAAGUUCAGCAUGCCUGGUUUCAAGGGAGAGGGCCCUGAAGUAGAUGUGAACCUUCCUAAAGCUGACAUUGAUGUCUCAGGAGCCAAGGUAGACAUCGACACUCCUGACAUUGACAUUCAUGGUCCAGAAGGGAAGCUGAAGGGCCCCAAGUUCAAAAUGCCUGACCUUCACCUCAAGGCACCCAAGAUCUCAAUGCCAGAAGUUGACUUGAACCUGAAAGGGCCAAAGGUGAAGAGUGAUGUAGAUGUUUCUCUGCCCAAAGUGGAAGGAGAGAUUAAAGUUCCUGAAGUUGACAUCAAAGGCCCCAAAGUGGACAUCAAUGCUCCAGAUGUUGAUGUUCACGGUCCAGACUGGCACCUGAAGAUGCCCAAGGUGAAAAUGCCCAAGUUCAGCAUGCCUGGCUUCAAGGGAGAGGGCCCUGAAGUGGAUGUGAAGCUGCCGAAGGCUGACAUUGAUGUCUCAGGACCCAAGGUAGACAUUGAUGUUCCAGAUGUGAAUAUUGAAGGUCCUGAUGCAAAACUGAAGGGUCCCAAGUUCAAGAUGCCAGAGAUGAACAUCAAGGCUCCCAAGAUCUCCAUGCCUGACCUUGAUUUGCACUUGAAAGGGCCUAAACUGAAGGGAGAUGUGGAUGCUUCCUUGCCUAAAAUGGAAGGUGAACUAAAAGGCCCUGCUAUUGAUAUAAAGGGUCCCAGUGUGGAUAUCGAUACUCCUGACAUCAAUAUUGAUGGUCCAGAAGGGAAAUUAAAGGGUCCCAAAUUUAAAAUACCAGAUAUGCACAUCAAAGCUCCCAAGAUUUCCAUGCCUGACUUUGACUUAAACCUUAAAGGACCCAAGGUAAAAGGAGAUGUGGACCUUGCACUACCUAAGAUGGAAGGUGAUCUCAAAGGGCCAGAGAUAGACAUUGAGGGUCCUGAAGGAAAGCUCAAAGGUCCCAAAUUUAAGAUGCCAGAUGUCCAUUUUAAGACCCCUCAAAUUUCAAUGAGUGACAUUGAUUUGAACAUGAAAGGACCUAAAAUAAGGGGAGAUUUGGACAUAGAAGGGGAUUUGAAAGGUCCCAAACUGGAUGUCAAAGGCCCUAAACUGGACAUUGACACUCCUGACAUUGACAUUCAUGGUCCAGAAGGGAAGCUGAAGGGCCCCAAGUUCAAAAUGCCUGAUCUCCACCUCAAGGCACCCAAGAUCUCAAUGCCAGAAGUUGACUUGAACCUGAAAGGGCCGAAGGUGAAGGGUGAUGUAGAUGUUUCUCUGCCCAAAGUGGAAGGAGACCUCAAAGGCCCUGAAGUUGACAUCAAAGGUCCCAAAGUGGACAUCAGUGCUCCAGAUGUGGACGUUCAUGGUCCAGACUGGCACCUGAAGAUGCCCAAGGUGAAAAUGCCCAAGUUCAGCAUGCCUGGCUUCAAGGGAGAGGGCCCUGAAGUGGAUGUGAACCUGCCAAAGGCUGACAUUGAUGUCUCAGGACCCAAGGUGGACAUUGAUGUUCCAGAUGUGAAUAUUGAAGGUCCUGAUGCAAAACUGAAGGGUCCUAAGUUCAAGAUGCCAGAGAUGAACAUCAAGGCUCCCAAGAUCUCCAUGCCUGAUUUGCAUCUCAAGGGUCCCAAACUAAAGGGAGAUGUGGAUGUUUCCCUGCCCAAAGUAGAAGGUGACCUCAAGGGCCCGGAAAUUGAUAUCAAAGGACCUAAUGUAGACAUUGAUGUUCCAGAUGUAAAUAUUGAAGGUCCUGAUGCAAAACUGAAGGGAUCUAAGUUCAAAAUGCCAGAGAUUAACAUCAAAGCCCCCAAGAUCUCCAUGCCAGACAUUGAUCUUAACCUGAAAGGCCCUAAAGUGAAGGGCGAUGUGGACGUGUCCCUGCCCAAAGUGGAAGGUGAGAUUAAAGUUCCUGAAGUUGACAUCAAAGGCCCCAAAGUGGACAUCAAUGCUCCAGAUGUGGAUGUUCAUGGUCCAGACUGGCACCUGAAGAUGCCCAAGGUGAAAAUGCCCAAGUUCAGCAUGCCUGGCUUCAAGGGAGAAGGCCCUGAAGUAGAUGUGAGCCUGCCGAAGGCUGACAUUGAUGUCUCAGGACCCAAGGUGGACAUUGAUGUUCCAGAUGUGAAUAUUGAAGGUCCUGAUGCAAAAUUGAAGGGUCCUAAAUUCAAGAUGCCGGAGAUUAGCAUCAAGGCUCCAAAGGUAUCUAUGCCUGAUGUGGAUCUGGAGUUAAAAGGACCCAAAGUAAAAGGAGACUUUGACGUGUCUGUUCCCACGAUUGAAGGUAGUCUCAAAGGACCUGAAGUAGACCUGAAAGGUCCAAGUCUAGAUUUUGAAGGCCCUGAUGCUAAACUCAGUGGCCCUAACUUGAAGAUGCCAUCACUGGAUGUAUCUGCUCCUAAAAUAACUGGACCUGAUGUUAAUGUGCACCUCAAGACACCAAAAAUUGGUGUUUCUGGGCCUAAGUUAGGAGGUGGUGAAGUGGACCUUAAAGGACCCAAAGUUGAUUUAGAAACUCCAAGUUUAGACGUCCGCAUGGAGAGCCCAGAUAUUAAUAUCGAGGGUCCAGAUGUUAAAGUUCCAAAGUUUAAGAAACCCAAGUUUGGAUUUGGUGCAAAAAGCGCUAAAGCUGACAUCAAGACACCCUCAGUUGAUGUGACUGUCCCUGAAGCAGAGCUGAGUGUUGAGACCCCUGAUGUAAGCCUUGGUGGAAAGGGCAAGAAAAGCAAGUUUAAAAUGCCUAAAAUUCACAUGAGUGGCCCUAAAGUUAAGGCCAAAAAGCAAGGAUUUGAUUUGAACGUUCCUGGAGGUGAGAUUGAUGCCAGUCUGAAGGGUCCUGAUGUGGAUAUCGGUGUUGCAGGGCCUGAUGCUGCACUCAAAGUUGAUGUAAAGUCUCCAAAAGCCAAGAAAACCAUGUUUGGGAAAAUGUACUUCCCAGAUGUAGAAUUUGACAUCAAGUCACCUAAAUUUAAAGCAGAGGCUUCCCUACCCAGCCCUAAGUUGGAGGGUGACAUCAAGGUACCAGAUCUGGACAUUUCUUCACCAGGGGUUAAUGUGGAAGCUCCUGACAUCCAUGUGAAGGCUCCCAAGUUCAAGGUGCCAGGUGUGGAUGUCUCAGGGCCAAAGUUAGAGGGCAACUUGAAAGGUCCUAAGGUGCAGGCAAACUUGGAGACACCUAACAUCAACAUCAAAGGCUCUGAUGCCAAAAUCAAAGCACCCUCAUUCAGUGUGUCUGCUCCUCAAGUCUCCAUACCUGAUGUGAAUGUUAAGUUGACAGGACCAAAGAUAAAGGGUGAUGCCCCCAGUGUGGGUCUGGAAGGACCUGAUGUCGAUUUGCAAGGUCCAGAAGGAAAAAUCAAGUUCCCCAAGUUUUCACUGCCCAAGAUCAGUGCCCCUGGUCUUGAAGGAAGCUUGAGCACAUCAGAUGUUAAGUUUGAAGGGCCUGAUAUAUCUCUUAAAGGCCCAGGAGUAGACUUGCCUUCGGUGGACCUCUCUAUGCCAAAAAUUUCUGGGCCUGAUGUUGACCUGAACUUGAAAGGACCAAGUCUGAAGGGAGACCUGGAUGCAUCCAGUCCCAGCAUGAAGCUGCACGCCCCAGGUCUUGACCUCAAAGGUGUUGGUGGAAAAGUACAGAUAGGAGGAGAUGGUGUGAAAGUCCCGGGGAUUGAUGCCACAGCAGCCCUUAAUGUGGGGGCACCUGAUGUGACCCUGAAGGGACCAAGCCUACAGGGAGAUUUGACCAUGUCUGGGGACAUCAAGUGCCCUAAACUAUCUGCGGGCGCCCCGGAUCUCAGCUUGGAGGCCUCAGAAGGUAGCGUCAAAUUUCCCCACAUGAAGCUGCCUCAGUUUGGCAUCUCUGCUCCAGGGUCCGACUUGGACGUUAACAUCAAGGGGCCACAAGUUUGUGGAGAACUGAAGGGGCCAGGGAUGGAUGUGAACCUGAAGGGGCCCCAGAUCUCAGCACCAAACAUGGACUUUAACUUGGAAGGACCAAAAGUGAAGGGGAGCCUUGGGGCCACUGGAGAACUGAAAGGCCCAGCAGUUGGGGGAAGCCUUCCAGGUGUCAGUGUUCAGGGCCUAGAAGGAAAUCUCCAAAUGCCUGGAUUUAAGGCUUCUGGAUGCGAUGUGCAACUCCCAACGGGGCAGCUUUCUGGUCCUGAAAUUAAAGGAGAUCUGAAAGGUUCAGGAAUAGGUCUCCAUGGGGCUGUCCCUGAUAUCAGUGUCAAGGGGCCUUCCUUUAACAUGGCAUCUCCAGAGUCAGAUUUUGGUGUCAGCUUGAAGGGCCCCAAAGUCAAAGGAGGUGUAGAUGUUUCAGGGGGUGUCACUGUCCCAGAUAUCAACCUGGGUGAAGGGCAUAUGAAUGUCAAAGACUCUGGGGUUGAGUGGAAGGGACCCCAAGUCUCCUCCUCUCUAAACCUGGAUACAUCUAAACUUGCUGGGAACCUUCAUUUCUCAGGACCAAAGAUAGAAGGAGGCAUGAAAGGAGGCCAGACUGGACUCCAGGGUCCAGGGCUGAGUGUGUCUGGGCCUCAAGGUCACUUGGAAAGUGGAUCUGGAAAAGUAACAUUCCCCAAGAUGAAGAUCCCCAAAUUUGCCUUCUCUGGCCGCGAGCUUGUUGGCAGAGAAGUAGGGGUGGAUGUCAACUUCCCUAAAGUAGAGGCCAAUGUGCAGGCUGGUGCAGGAGAAGACGAAUGGGAAGAGUCAGAAGUAAAACUUAAAAAAUCCAAAAUCAAAAUGCCCAAGUUUAACUUUUCCAAACCUAAAGGGAAAGGUGGUGCCACCGGCUCACCAGAAGCAUCCAUUUCUGGGUCCAAAGGGGACCUGAAGAGCUCAAAGGCCAGCUUGGGCUCUCUGGAAGGAGAAGCAGAUGCUGAAGCAUCGUCACCAAAAGGCAAAUUCUCGCUGUUUAAAAGUAAGAAGCCAAGACACCGCUCCAACUCCUUCAGCGAUGAGAGGGAGUUCUCGGCGCCUUCCACCCCAACCGGGACUUUGGAGUAUGCAGGUGGAGAAGUUAAAAGCAAACACGGGAAGCUGAAAUUUGGUACCUUCGGUGGGUUGGGGUCAAAGAGCAAAGGUCAUUAUGAGGUGACUGGGAGUGAUGAUGAGGCAGCCAAGUUACAGGGGAGUGGAGUGUCUUUGGCCUCAAAGAAGUCCCGACUGUCUUCCUCUUCUAGCAACGACAGUGGGACGAAGGUUGGCAUCCAGCUUCCUGAGGUAGAACUCUCAAUUUCCACAAAGAAAGAGUAGUGGGCCUUGUAUGUGUGUACAUAUAUAUAAAUACAUCAGCCUUGGGUGUGUUUGUAUAUAAACUCCAAAGAGAAACACCCCAACAGCCUCAGCAAUAAUGCAAAGAUCUUGCCUCUCCCAGUGGCAAGUGCUGACAAACCGAGUGCCUCUAGGCUCCUGGGACUCUGCAGCUAGGUAAAGAGUUCUAAAUUCAUCUGGCCCGUGUGCGAAGUCAACAGUAUUUGCCUUAAGAUUUUAGUUUUUUUGGUUUCUUCUUCAUAUUUUUUUUUUGCAUUGAACGCUGAGAGCUCGUGUUUACUAAGCAAGCUUUUGUGUUUACCCUUAUUUUUACUGAACAUUGUUAGUACCUGGGUAAUGGAAACCCACUUUCUUUUCAUUGUAAUGACUUUGGGGGCUUUUGUGAGUAAGGGAAGGUGGGAUAAAAGGUGGCAGAGGGGUCUAGGUCGUCAUUGCUCUGAAGGUUGGAUAUGUACAAAUAGCAACACCCUGGUAUGGCUCAGAGGAGGUGGCAGCCAGGAGGUGGGUGUUUCUCAAUUCUCUGUAGCAUGACUUUUAAUCCCUAGGUGUGUUAGUCCCAGCCUAGUUUGGUGCUCAAGGUGAGAGGGGGAUUUAAAUCUGUCUGCAAAUUGUCCAACCUGCCAGGUCAGUGUGAGGGGCUUCCAUUCUGGGUUUGGUAAGAAAGUGUUCAUUCGUGACUGCCGUGUUCUGAGAAAAGUUCUGAUUCCUUUUAACAAAUGUCAUCAUGAUUAAGGAAAUGUCUGGCACUUUAAUGGAAAAUUAAUUGAGAAUGUAAGAAAGUUGAUGCUGUACAAGGCAAAUAAAACCGUUCAUUAACCCUGA